AUGGCUGCAAUGGUUCUUCCUAAUAUUGGUGCCGAUGUUGUUUGCCAAGACCUUAUCCCUUCAUUGCUUCCAUGUUUAAACUAUUUGACGGCGCCAGGACCCGCACAACCAGGUCCGGGUUGUUGUUCUGCGACUUUAAGUAUAGCCGAGAUUGCUCUUCAAUCUCAAGCCAACCUACAGGGAGUGUGCACAUGUUUCAAAUCAGUCGCAGACUCGGGUUCCUUCCAAAUUAACUUUGGCAACGCGAAAGCCAUCACCAAGCUUUGCAACCUCCCCGUUAAUAUCCCCAUCGAGCCAAGCGUAGACUGCACAGCGCUUACCCUCCCUAAGACUCCUCCAUCUUUAGUUCAUGCUCCAACUCCAGCUCUAUCUCCAAGUUCGGUUCCUUCUCAAGAUUUUGAUGAAUUGUUUCGAUAG